UUCCAAAGUCAGAAUGGUAUGUUAAAAUGUUGCUGGAUAAUAUUUGAAAUAUAAUAUUGAAGUUUAUAAGUUUAGAAUGGCCUUGAGGGAAAGUAUAAUAUGUGGGAUUAAAUAAACAAUGUGGUCUGACAGUACCACAAGCCUCUCACUGUCACAGGCCAGGUUUACGCAACCGCGCCCAGCCCAUCCAAAAACAACCCCAACUUGAGUGUGAAUUCCCCUCACGGUUCGGCACUCGUUCGUCUAAACCUAAACUCAGACGAGAACAUUUUCACCUGUUGAAGAUUUCCCAUCACUGACGUUGACAGUCGUCCUCAUCACUGUGAUAUACUGCAUCUGUAAUGAAGGUUUGUAAUUACUGAUGAUUAGAGAGCGUGUGUUAUAUUUCUUGACUGUGUGGUGAAACCUUGCUCUAUGGUGAAGUACAAUCGAUAAUAAUUCGCGAAUACAUUGAGUCAUUUCACGACCAUACUGUGAGGGAUAACUAGUGGCAAGAACACACCAAGCUUUCACUUUGGAUUAGUUGUAUAGUGAACCUGUUGACUUUUCGUCCAAAGCAAUCAAAGAUGGCGUCCAUGUACUGUACAUUCUUGUCUUGUGUCACCGUCAUUCUUGUGACACUUGCUGCUGUCGUGGUGUCACAGACUGAGCCAACCACUUUUGAGGUGUCACCGGAGGACACAUCAGCGGCCGUGGGUUUCCCCGUGACAAUCUACUGCUCCGUAACAAACAUUGGCCGUCAGCAAGUGUUCUGGAACAUCGUUCAGAAUUCGACUUCGGAUUUCACCCUUGGGCCAAACUACAACACACACGCAUCGUUCGAUCGUUUUCAGUUUGGUGGCGGUCUGGAUCGAGGAGAAUUUAACCUCCGUAUCUCUGAGGUACAGAAGGAGGAUGCUGGGAGGUACAUAUGUCUGUUGAACGACCCUUUCAAUGAGAUGUCUGUAGCUCAGGAGGCAGGAGCCAGACUGACCGUCUUAGAUGCUCCUGUAGCACCUCUUACUGCAAACCCUCAAUGUGAGAGCAGCCCUGUUGGAGUAGACGGCCAGAAUGGAGUAUUUAAACAAGGUGACGUCUUAACUCUGACAUGUACCUCACGAGGGGGUGUACCUCUUCCCGAGCUAGCCUGGGAAAGGGUCAAGGAGAACAACGCCAUAGACAAGCUACCGGGAAAAACAACAGUGAGAGGCGAUAUGGUGACCACCUCAGCAGACGUCAGACUAUCGAGUGAGGAUCACCAGUCCCGCUAUAAAUGCAGCGAGACACACCCAUCAGCCUCCACUCCUCGUCUGUGCGAGACAGAAACUUCAAUGAACGUUCGUUUUGAACCUGAGGUUGAUAUCACUCCUAGUGCAGUCUACGUCCAGUUGUUUGAGACAUCUGUAGUCACGCUAAGGUGUGUGGCAUCGGGCUACCCGGAGCUGAGCAGCGGUCCCACGAUCGUACUCCCAGUCAACAAGACAGGUACCUUCAGCGAAGACCGGUCUUCAGUUGAGGUAUCACUUACUACGGAUGACAUCGGGAAGGACUUUUACUGCCGUGCUGUGAAUGAAGUCGGCGUGGGAGAAGCCGGGGUGGAGAUCAAGCAGCUCUCUCUGCUUCCAACAUGGCUGACUCUAGUCAUCAUCGCGGGUAUUGGAUUCGUUAUUUUGAUUGUCAUAACCAUCGUGUCAUGUGCCCUUUGCGUGGAUAGAUCCAAGCACCACGACGAGUCGCGAAGCAGGAGCAAAGACGGGCUACGGUACUCUGUUAAUAAGUCACUGAGGGGCACUUCGUUGAGGCGAGAGGGUGAAGAUGACUUCAUUGACGGGUUUGACGGUGACAUGCUCCCCAUUGAAGACUUCCAGGGCGGCAGGGAGACCAUGCAGAUGCAGGAGAACACCAACAAGGAGGUUGCGAAUGACUUCGAGACCGGGGAAGCUGGUACGAGGUAUCAGAAUGUCAACGAAGCAUUCCAGACGGAUGACAGCAUUCAGAGUAAUUCAAUCUCACAGUCAAAUCCUUCAUAUGAGCAUGCCAUAGACGGCGAUUUUGAGUAGUAGAUAAAAAAAGGCAACAUGAAGACUGUUUUCAAAGUCAUGCUCUAAAUAGUGUGGUUUUGUGAAGUUGAUUUUUGAAAAUUGCAAAUUUUUAAGGUUAAUGCUAAAAAACAAUAAUGUGCCAAUACGAGAGUAAUUUGAACAGCAACAAUUACGAAGGAGAACUCAGGUGAUCUCAAACAUUUUUCACAAAACUUAUACUUUGGUCCGAAAAUCCAUAUCAACCACGUUUUGAUUGAUAAUUACAGACCAAAAUCAAGAAAAGCUUCUCUCCAAGUGGACCAAAUCCUCAGUUUUGGGGAAAAGUUUUAGUUCACGUGAGUUCACCUUUGGUAAUGUUGACUGUUCUGGUAGAAUUGGUGUCAGAAAUUUGCAUUCAUCUCUUGUCUGUUGUGCUUUUGAAGACAGUGUACACUAUUGGUAAUUGUCAAAGACCGGUCUUCUCACUUUGUGUGUAUCAACAU